GAGUGGGGUCAUUACAUCAUGUACUCUCUCUCUCUCUCUCUCUCUCUCUCCCAUCCUACGUACAUGAUUGAAUACAUCAACCUCUUUUCAUUACGUGGCACUCUCCCAUUCGUCCAUCCCCUCUCGUCGGGAUUCAUAUCUACACCCCCCCUCUCUCUCUCUCUCCUCUGUACUGUCUCUCACUACUUUUUCCAUUCCCUUCUCUCUCCUCUAUCCACCCACCACUCUCUUCAUUCUCAUCUUCUCUCACCAAAUUUUUCUCUCCCCACUUUCCUCUCCCUCAAUGCAGGAUCAUCACCACCCUGAUCACGGUUUUGAUCUAUAAUAACUUUUUUUUUCUCUCUUGAAACUGAAAAUGUUGGAAGCAAUGGAAAGUUCAGUGAAUGGUGGAUUCUCACAACAUUUACAAAGCUUUGGAGAUAGUAGUGAAGAAGAACUCUCUGUUCUUCCUCGUCAUACCAAAGUUGUUGUAACUGGUAACAACCGUACUAAAUCAGUUCUUGUUGGUCUUCGUGGUGUUGUUAAGAAAGCUGUUGGUCUUGGUGGAUGGCAUUGGCUGGUUCUUACCAAUGGUAUUGAAGUGAAGCUGCAGAGGAAUGCUCUUAGUGUGAUUGAACCACCUACCGGUAACGAAGAAGAUGACGACCUUGAAUUUGAAAAUGAAAAUACCAUUUGGCAUGGAUCAGAUAUGGCAUCAGAUGACACUCAAAAGUCCAACAAAUCAAGGAAUAGAAUGCAAAGAUCAUUAGGAUCGUCUCACAAGAGCAUCAGCAGGUCCUUCUCUGUUGAUUCACAGUCGAAGGGAUCCAUUUCUAUGCCUCACGCAUGGACGAAGGUUGACUUGAGCAAAUUGGAAAUGUCUGCGUUGUGGAGAUAUUGGCGACACUUCAAUCUGGUGGAUGCUGUUCCAAACCCAUCAAAAGAGCAGCUGGUAGAUGUUGUUCAGAGGCAUUUCAUGUCACAGCAAAUGGACGAGUUGCAAGUUAUUAGGGGAUUUGUCAAAGCUGCAAAGAGACUUAAGACAACUAUGUGCAAAUGAUGGAGCGGAGCGGAGCGAAAUGCUGAUAUAUUCAUAAAAGUUAUAUAUAUUUUCUAAUGCUAACAAAGAUGACGGUGUCUAAUAUGAAUAAUCCACUUCCCUUGGUACUAUGUAACAUAUUUAGCAAUAGCAAGUAGUAGUAUUUCGGAUCUCAAUUAGUAGUAGAUUGAUUAAGAGGUUAUAUAUAGAACAACUCUUUUGUAGCAUCACCUAGUUAUGUAGAUAUGUGACCUUGUCACUUGGAUCUUCAUGGAAGUUUUAUGACUUCCUUUAGCUUAUGAUUAUAAUGUACUUGCUGCUCACAUGGGAAGUGGGUUUCUUCAAACUUAUGAAUGUAUAUAUCUUGAUUAUUCUCA